AUGUUUAUUCCAAGGGAUUCACCAGCACAGCAAACUUCGAAGAAUAAAAAGAACACAAUAAUUCGUGAACCUCAUCAAUUUGCUGUAUUUGACGUGUUAGUUGGUCUUGUAAUGCUUGGUGUUGCAACUGUGGUGUUUGUGUACUAUACUGCCUGGACUUUCCUCUUGCCAUUCAUUGAUGAAGAAUCCGUGUUGCAACAAUUCUUCUUGCCAAGAGAGUGGGCUGUUAAAAUUCCUGCUGCUUUGUUGGUUCUUGGUGCCUCUGCGGUGUCAUUUUUCAUUGGUUCGGUUUUGAUCAAAUCUUCAAAGAAGGCCAAGGCUAAGGCUGACAAGAGUAAGAAAUCCAAUUGA